CCCACCUUUCGUGACAGAGCCAUCUAGUGAGUAGCUCGUGAAACUCGUGCGCGGUUAGUAAAGUGCGGAAUUUGUGAAGUGUAUUAUUUGAUAAAUCUUAGUUAAAUCAAAAUGCCUGGUCGUCCCAUUUGGCAAUGCGCUGGCAAACGCGAGCCAGAAAAGGAGGUGGAAGCACAAAGGUGGGUUGAGGCUGUGAUCGGCGAGCGGUUCCCACCCAACAUGCCCUACGAGCACGCUCUGAGAGACGGCAUCAUCCUAUGCAAGCUCAUGAACAGACUGAAGCCUGGCAUCAUCACUAAGGUCAACGUCUCCGGUGGAGACUACAAGUUCAUGGACAACAUCAGUCAGUUCCAGAAGGCUUGCGUGAAGUAUGGCGUACCUGAUGUAGAUCUCUUCCAAACUACCGACCUGUGGGACCAGAAGAACAUUGCUCUGGUCACGACAACCAUCUUUGCUAUCGGCAGGACGGCGUACAAACAUCCCGAAUGGCGCGGUCCCUUCCUUGGCCCCAAGCCGGCUGAAGAGAACCGUCGUGAAUUCAGCGAAGACGUUCUCAGGGCCGGCGAGGGAGUUAUCGGACUCCAGGCUGGCACUAACAAGGUCGCUACCCAGUCCGGCCAGAACUUUGGGGCGUCGCGCAAAAUCAUCCUUGGGAAGUAAACGCAUCGCUUGGACUACGAGACUAGUGUAAACUCACCAUAACUUAAUUUAGUCGUUGAAAAAAGGCCUUUACUAUCUUAUUUUUAUUCUUCUUUGUUGUCAUAAUAUCCCAAAGAUUUUCACGGGACAUUAUAAUUUUAACGCGGACCAAAAGCAGUCUUAUAGACACUACAUUUCUUAUUAUAAUUAUUGAUGGAAAUGGAAUAGGUACCUUUUUCACAAUUUACACUAGUCCCGUCAUUAUACUACUUGAACAUAAUUACCCCAGUUGCAAUAAAAAUCCAGAAUAGUAUUUGAGAUUUAAAAUUAAAUUGUGAUGAGUUUAUAAUAUCAAUUUAGAAUAGGAUAAUAAAGGUUUAUUUAUUGAUAAGUAAUUCUUUUUACAUAGAUAUAAAUAAGGAUGGCA